AAUGGUACAACGGCCGGAACGCACAAGGCUGUAUUGUUUAUUUCGCUUACAGCCCACUUGUUACUAGGAUCAUUGACUAGGAAGUCUUAAACAUUCCACCAAUCCCAACCGUCAAAGUGGUGUACGUGCGAAGCGAACGUUCGACAAGUUAGGCAUCUUGCAGUAGGUUAAGUGCAGAGGAGUGAAAUUGGUUGGCGAACGGUGACAACCUUCUAUCAUCGACGAGAAAAAAGGUCGGUAAAGGGCAAACCAACAAUAUUUUAAUUGUGGCCUAAGCGCGCUGAUCUUCGAUACUCGAAGUCUUUGGGAACUUCAAGUCUUGUUGGCAAGACGUUAUUGUGCUGUGAAUGUCUUCAAGCUUAUAGCAGUUUGAAUAACGUGAAUAAUACACAGCAACAAAGAUAAACGCUUGUUACGAAAUGUUCAAAGCUUUUACUACAGCGAAGGAAAACUAACAUUUUCUAAAUAUGUGAAGCUAUUUGAUGUGGGUCGUGUAAAUUAUGUGACACUUGGAACAAGAAUAGUUUUUGCAUAGUUUUGACAAAGGAAGCUUCAAGCAGGGAAAUAACGUGUAUUUAUCCAUUUGUAAAACAGCGUUUGAAAGAACAACAACGAUAAUAAUGGAGUCUAACCGCUCGAAUGUGAAUCAAAGCACGAUCGUUCAGCCUGAUUAUUCUGGAACGUAUGUUGCCAUCUCAGUGGUAUGUCUGCUGAUAGCUGCUGUCAUAAUCUCCCUCAACGGUCUGGUCAUCUUCAUCAUAGCUCGACAGAAAGACAUCAACAGGCUUCACUUCUUCAUACUACAUAUUGCAAUUGCAGACCUUUGUGUUGGCAUAGUAUGCGUAUUUUGCGAGGGGAUAUUCUACGGUAUUCUGCGAAAUGAGUGGUACUUGGGUGACGUCAUGUGUCGCAUUUGGCACUAUUCUACGUUUGUGGUCCAAAUUGUGUCUUAUAACCUUCUCAUCGGAAUGAGCGUGGACCGAUACUUGGCUGUACGGUAUCCGUUGAUGGCAUUAACCGGAGGGUACCGGCCAUACAAAGCCAUAAUUAUCGGCUCAUGGAUAAUUGCCCUUCUGAUUCCUUUAUGGACUUUCCCGUACAUUGGCAUAGCCAUUGAUGGUGCCUCAUACUACUGUUCUGUUGAUUUCGAGACCGUCAUUGGGUGGCAGCUAUACGUCUGGAUCACACUGCUGCUUGUGUUCUUCAUCCCAUUCAUAGCUGUCUCCGUUUGUUAUGUCGGCAUCUCGGAAGCGUAUGGAAUCAUUGGCGGAAAAGAGGAAAUCUCACGGAAAUCACUGAAAUGAACACUACGCUAAAUGAAUCAACUUUCCCGUCACGUCACAAAUCCAUGAACGAGGGUUUACUACCAAAAGCCAGAAUAACAACAAUAAAGAUGACUUUGAUAAUAUGCCUUACGUUCUUCAUUUGCUGGCUGCCGGCUACAGUGUUCAGCACUAUGGACUUAUACGGCAUAAAUGAGCUUGACCGUCGCUACUAUAUGGUCCUGCAGCGCUUAUAUCCACUCAACAGUGCGUGCAAUCCAAUAAUAUUCUUGUUGUUCAGCAAGCAAUUGUUGCCAUGCGGGUCGCUAAAGUCUUCGAAAGCGACAAGAUGUUGUGAAAGUAUCGAAACAACGAAAACCACAUUAUGAAUAAUGAUAUCGUUCCAAACUGGUACGGCACUUUGCGUAAAAGCACAGACUUGAACAACACGACGGCGUUACUGAGAUAAGUGAAAUUAAAAUACCUGCAUCGAAAACAACGUAAUUACUCAAAAGUAUAUUUUGAUAAUUAACCAGUAAAAAGGAGCGCAAAGGAGCAGCAAAACUAUGUUCAGUCGACGCUAAAUUGUUUAAUCGAACGUCUCUACUAAACGAACUUAAACAGGUCAAAACUUUCAACAAGAAGACAUAAAUACAGACGUUUCCCUUUCACAAAAUGCGCUAUUGAAUUCUUAUUAUAAACAUUAUUUUCUUAUUGUUUAAUAAGCUCUUAAAUAAGUGAAGAAAACGUUGAUAUCUGUUUAUGUAUUUUCAAUAUGUUCCGCAACUGAUUUAAUGUCAACGCAUACUAUAAUUGUUUUAGUUGAUAUAAUAUGUCUGCAAACAUAUUGCUAAUUUACAAAAUAAAUUUUGUUUAUUUUAAACAAAUUGCCAUCUCAAAGUUAAUGUCUUUUAAUCUAAAUGUACUCGUAUCCCUUAAUUAAACUAUACGUUUCAACGCGCUUGUUUGGAUUCAAACACAGACUAUUUUUAUGAAAUAACCUAUUCAACGAAUAUCACGACUUAUACUUUCAAAUAACAAAGAGUGUCAUUACAACAAGGGGCCAUAAUGAAUCAUAUGAGUCGACUUUAAGGUAAUUAAGCAUUAUAUAAACUAAGAUUGAAUGGCAAACAAAUUGACAAAUGAUUUUCGUUCGUUUUAAAUUUAACUCUAAAUGUAAUGCAAAUAUUUUUCAGCAUUGAACUCUUUCAGACUGGUUAUGACUUGCCGUGGUAACUCUUUCUUUUGAAACCAUUUUGUACUUGUAUCUUCAGCAAGCAAUUGGGAAUUAUUACCUAGGAAUUAAAUUGAUUCAGGUCUUUCUUAUUCUGAAAACCGACAAAGAGGUAAAAAUAAAUUUAAUGCAUCAACUGCUAUAGAUAAGAUAUGAUCUUAUGAAGCAAUUAACUAGUUAAUGAUUGGCUUUAAUAACUACAUAUGUUAAUUUAUCAAACGACUUCAAACGUACUCGAAAUUAAAUUCCUUACAAUCUAAGUAUUUAUACAAAACUGUAAUACUUGUUAUUGAAUGAUAAAUGCCGUAUAGUAGUAUAUUAUUAUUACAUUUUUACCGAACUGUUAGAUUUUCAAGGUUUAUGCUAUGGUUCGUCUUGUAGUUUGAUUUGAUAAAUUAAUUAAGUUAUUUCAUUAUUAACUUAGUUGGCAUUUUCAGCUCUAGAUAACGCGAACUUCCUCUGAAAAUUUGUAAAUGAUCAUAUUGUGUAUGUGUACCUUUGUUUCUUAUGUUAAAUUAUAUAUUAGUUGCACAAGUAAAACAAAAUAAAUAUU